AUGUUUUUGUUGCUGUUGGUUUUCGACGUGCGUCCUGUCGCGUUGGCCGGUCGUCUUCCUCUCGUUGUUCGCGUGCGAUGCGUCGCAUCGUGUCACAUACAGCUGUGUGUGCCCGCGUGCACUUCAGUUCUUCGAGCUGCGUCGAGUCCCGUCUCUGUCAAACUUGCCGUAGCGUUCAGUUGUGCCGAAAGGUCGGUCGACUGGCCGCACGCCACCUUGCUGCUGCGCUACGUUGUGUUGUGUUGCGUCGCGUCGCGUCGCCGACGAGCACCGGCCCCACGAAACAUGAAAGCAGUGGCUGCAGCGAUGACUGCUUGCACGUGCACGCUAGCAUGGCAAACAUACUCGCACUCCUUUGUGCGCCACGACCUCAGUUUCUCGUUCACGUUUUGGAUCAGUUCCUCCUCUCCUCCUCUUCUGCAGUUCUCUCCUGCAGUGCCCGUCUGUUUCUAUCGGCGCCUAACGCGCUACUUCACGGCUCGACUCGACUCGACUCGACUUGAAGCUGGCGCUGACGAUUUUGAAAAGGGUGGGCGGGCUGCUGACAGCGUACAAACGUUCGGCGGAAGUAGUUCUCUUUUCAUUCUUAUCGCCUGCUUGCCUUGA